AUGUCGUAUCUACCACUUCUCAUCUCCUUGCCGGUAUUGAUGAUCGACGGCCUCAUCGAAGUCGGCUUCGUCGGCUCGAUGGUCGGCUUCCUCCACGACCGAGCAGGGAAAUCCUUCACCGUCGACGCUCCCUCCGGGCCAUUCAACCUACACGGCAAACCCGCCGGCCUGCUCGUCGACCAGGGACACACGAGCAACGGAGCAGCAGGCACGGCGGUCAUCUUGGUUGGGAUAUUGGGGUUCUUGACAAUAUGGCACGAAAGACGGAGGACUCGCAAGACCUCCCCAACCACAACCAUCCAUCCCCAUUCCGGCCUCUUCACAUUCUGGACCAUCCUCACCAUCCUCUCCGCCAUGCUGACCCUCGCCGCACUGAUCUACACGUUCGUCCUGACCGCCCAGACCGACAACCAAACGAUCGAUCUCGCCGUGGCAGCCGCCAACUCCGACCCACUCAUGUACCCAGACGACAAGUGGACGCCGGAGAACUGGUUCGUCGCCGUCCUGGCCCUGCCGCUCGCCCACGAUUCGGACCGUCGCGACAUCCGCAACAACCUCCGUCUCAUGCGCGGUUGGCGCUGGAAUCUGAUUCCCUUGUUCAUCUUUGGUGUUGGGAUUGCUGGGUUGGCGGUCUGGGAGUUGUUUCGUGGUCGGAAGUGGAUGAGGACGAGGACGACGGAGGGCGAAUCGGUAGAGAAAUUCCGUCACUCUGGGAACCAGAGCUGA